AUGUGGGCAACCGAGGCGGAUUUCUCCGCUAAAGCGCUAGCUUAUCCAGGUUUACUAUUUAUCACUAUUAUUACUAUUAUUAUUAUUAUUAUUAUUAUUAUUAUUAUUACUAUAUUAUUAUUAUUAUUAUUAUUAUUAUUAUUAUUAUUAUUAUUAUUAUUAUUAUUAUUAUUAUUAUUAUUAUUAUUAUUAUUAUUAUUUCCUCGUCCAAAUAUAGCUCGUAAAAGUCGACCGGAGGCAGAUAAGCAGAAAAACGCGGUGUCGAGGGUUAAUUAA